AUGCCCGGCACAAAUGUUCCGCUCAUUGUAGGGCUCUCAGCUGGACUGGGAGGCGGUAUUUUAUUCAUUAUCACACUGGGACUCAUAUCCGGUAUGAUUGUUCGGCGUAGUUGGCGCCUGAAGCGCCAAGCAUCGAUCGAGCAUGCAGGCACAGCAGCAUUGUACAGCACGGACGGCGCAUCGGAAAAGAUGUACAUGGAGCCAAUGUAUGACGAGGAGAAUACAAUCGAUACAUUGUUUAAUAUUCCUGAGGAAGCAUCCAAGGCAGACGACAAGCACCCAACGGGCGAGUCUGACUCGACGCUCUUGCUCCUGCGCCACAGCGUCCCUGACAAUCUGCGUCCAAUGCUCACUGCGAAAGCUGACGAUACACGAUUUCCGUAUUUGGGCGCAGAAAACACAGAUGAGCCCAAUGUGCAAUGGUCGCUCAACCCCAACGAGCCCAAGGAUCUUGCGACGCCAAACGACACAUACUCGCCCCCGAACCGCACCCUCUCGUCCAAGUACAAGCGUUCGCUCUCGCGCAUGCGCUCCAAGCGUCUCAGCACACGGCGCCAAACUGUCCUUUCUCGCCUUCCGUCCCAGUUCCGAACGGGUCGCUCGAGCCGUCGAGUUUCCCUCGACUCGCAGGAAGGCUCGAUCGGCCUGCCGGACCGAGAGCUUCCCAUGGCGCGACGCGGAACGAUGCGAUUCCAGUACGACUCGAGCUCCCAUGGAUCCCAGGCAUCGCCCCACAUGGACUGGAACGAAGCGUACUAUGUGGGAAUGUACAAUGACGAGCCGGAGCCGGAGCCUGCAAUGCCAAGCGCGCCACCCCCGGCUGUAUUGGCUAAGGAGCGCAGUCCUGUGGACCGCGAGACACUGCUCCAGGAGCGCAUCACGGCGUGGCAAGAGUCGAGCAUGGUUGCAAGCGAUCCGUCCGAGAAAGAUGAAGUCUACGAGCUGCCGUCGCAGCGCACAAUGCUGCGCCGUGCUGCCACUCAGUCGACGGUCAUUUCCUCUUAUUCGUACGCGUCCAUUGGCGAAGUCAUGGAGCCGUACUUGGAGGCGUCUCGCGACGGGUCACUCGCACAAAUUUUCCCGGUUCAGCCGCACGCUCCCUCGGUGACGGCGCUCGAGGAGUGGCUCCAAGACGAAGAUCCACGGUACCCAUUGUCCAGUGCACAUACAAACAGCACUGGCCUGUUUGGCGAGGUGGAAUUUGCCACUGCGCUCAACCACGCCGUGUCCGAAGAGGCUGCGAGCACCGGCGCGAGCCCCAUGCUCCUCGAAAACCACCGCAACAGCAUGGACGCAGCCAAGUUCCAGGAGGUGGCGCUGCGGCACAAGCCACGCACGCCGUCGCCCCUGGCAAUGUAUGCGUCUGGCUUUUUGGAGCCUGCGCCCCCGGUAAAUGCACCGUCCGGCGCGCAAUUGGGCGUGUACGCUGCUUCCAGCUCUUCGCGCUCCUCCUUCCCCGUAUCUGCGCGCUUCUCCAACGAUUUACCGAGGAGCUGGAAACACAACUCAUACGGCACGGCAUCGACCGAGAUUACUUCGGUGGAAGGCAACGCAGAGCUGGAGCAUGCCGCCAAGCUGGAGCAUGCAAAGCGCGACUCGGCCCUUGGGCCCCGCGUGCUUCUUCCCACGGACGGCAACAAACUCGCCCGGCAUCUGACGUUUUCUUCUGCAUCGUCUGACUCGGUUGCCACGCAUCUCGAAGCGGUGCACGCCCCGCCUAUGCCAAAGAAUGCGUGGUGGGCGGAGCGUGCGAAUCCGCACGUCGUCUCUACAAUUACAUAG